AUGAAGCAAUUAUCUGAAUUAAUUGAAUUGAUUGGUACAAAUUUGAAGGAUGUGAAGAUUCAAUUUGCUGAUUCUAUGGGAGCUUCCUCAAGACUAAUUCAAGCUUUUACAACAAUUAAAGAUUUAAAAUCAUUGUCUUUCACACGAGAAGCCUGUUGUGGGCUCUUUGAGUUGAGUUUUCCAAAUUUAAGAGUCAUUGGAGAUCAAGAUUCAGGUUGUUUAGUUGAAGAUGAUUACACAUGGGAGGAUAUUUCUUGGUUACAAGUUCCGAUGCUAGAGAAUGUCAGAACAAUUGUCACUGACAUAGAUUGUAGUGAAAAGUAUUGGAGAGAUACCUUAAAUUCAGCUGAAGGUUUACAGAAAGGACCAAAUCUCAAACUUAUGGUAUUUACUAGAGAAAAACGACUAGGACCUCCAGCUAUUGACCCAGAAUUGAUUCUGUAA